AAACAAAAUGAACAAGAAGAAGAAGGUUUCUCUUUUUGGAGAAGAUGACGCAGAAGAGCAGCAAAAUGGAGCUGGUUGGGAGAUUAAUAAGGGUUAUGCUCAAAAAUACGACAAUUGGAGGCGAUUGGAGGAAAUGCAGAAAAUUAAGGACAAAUAUGGAGAUAUUGAUGAUGACGAUUCGUCAAGUGAAUCAGAACCGGAAUGGACCGAAGGCCAUGAAGAAGCUUUCCUUAAAACACUUGGAGCUCUCAAGUCCGGAGAUAGUUCAUGUUUUGAAAACGGAAAAGGCUUUUUCAAAGACGUUCAGGAUGCUCCAUCGAAACCAAAUAAUAACCCCAAAAAAUCUAAAUCAGAGAAAUCAAAGAAGAAAGACGAAAAAAUGACAAUCAAGGAUUAUGAACGAAAAUUGGUUCUGGAAAAGGGAGGACAAAUCGACGAAAGUGAUGAAGAAGCCGAGUACAACAAGACUCAGCAGAGGGGAUACUAUGAGGAGCAAGAGGAAAUCAGAAAAAGCCUCUCCGCCGCAAUUAACGCUGACGAUGGUGCCGACGAUGAUCUUCUGACAGAACGAAAGAAAACAAGUAAAGAGCAAGAAGACGAGGAUGAAGAUUUUUAUCAAUGGAUGAAGUCGGAAGAUGGAAAAGCUGAUAAAAAGAAGGCAAAAGAGUUGAAACAUCUGAAAAAAUUUUGGAAAGAUGAUAAGAAUAUGGAUGAAUCCGAUAAAUUUCUCAGAGACUAUUUGCUGAAUAAAGACUACGAGCCCGGAGAGAAUGAAGAAAAUCCAACAUAUGAGGAUAUCGUAGCUCUCGAAGAGGAUGAAAAAGACCUUGACAGCAAUAGAAAAUAUGAGCAUAAAUUCAACUUUAGAUUCGAGGAUCCAGAUCAGGAAUUUAUCAAACAAUAUCCUCGUACAGUUGCUGAAUCAAUGAGAUCCGAAGAUUCUUCUCGUAAAGACAAACGACACGAACGGGAAGAACGUAAAAAGCGUGAAAAGGCAGAGAAGAAAAAAGAAUUGGCAGAGCUGAAAAAAAUGAAACGAUCUGAAAUUGAGCAGAAACUUGGAAAACUACAGAAAGCUGCUGGAAUCCAUAUCCCAUUAACUCUUGAUGAGCUGAACGCUGACUUUGAUCCUAAGGAAUUUGAUAAAAAGAUGCAGUCAAUUUUCAAUGAUGAGUACUAUGGAGUUGAGGAGAAUAUUCAAGAGAAUGAGGACGAAAAGCCGAUUUUCAGUGAUAUGGAAGACAGUGAUUAUGAGGAUUAUGACAAUUUAGAUGUAGACGAGUUGAAAAGAGAAGAACAAGAAGCUGACGAUGACGACGAAGAAGAUGAGGAAAGUGUUGAUGAUGAAGAUGAGCAAGAAGUGCCAAAAUCGAAAAAAUCUGCAAUGAAAAAUGGAAAGUUCGAUAUGGUGGCUGCCGCACAAAAAGCAAUGUCAAAGGAUAAAAAUGAUAGUCGUCGGAAAUCGAAAAGGAACGCUUUGAAAGAUGCUCUUGCAAGGAAGAAACCUCUGUUCAAUCCGAAGGAAAAGACGUUUGAGGAAUAUUUCAAUGAAUACUAUGCUUUGGAUUAUGAAGAUAUUAUUGGUGAUACACCAACAAGAUUCAAGUAUCGAGAUGUCGAGUCAAACGACUUUGGAUUGAGCACUGAUGAAAUUCUGGAAGCUGAUGAACGUCAACUGAACGCGUGGGCAUCAUUGAAAAAAGUUACCGCUUAUCGUACAUCACAGGAAGAGUUUUUCGACCGGAAAGCGUAUCAAAGAAAGGCUGAAGAUGUUAACAAAAAGAAACGAAUUCUUUCAAUCGAUUUUGGAGGGAAAAAAUCACUGAAAAGAAAAAUGGAAGACGAACAAAUGGAGAAGGAGAUGGCCGAGAUGAAUGAUCAAAAUGAUAACACCGAAGAAGAUGCUGAAAAGAAGAAAAAGAAGAAGAAGAGAGGAAAGAAGAAGGUUAAACUUACUGAGACUGAAAAUCCCGAAGAAAAUAUGACGGAAGCCAUUGAAAAUGAAGUCGAAGAAGUUGACAAGCAAGAGCAAUUACCUGUGCCGCAACCUGAAGAACCCGAAGCUGCUCACGAAGCUCCAAAAGAAGAAAAGAAGAAGACAAGAAAGAGGAAUAAGAAUAAGAACAACGUAAUCGCUGAAAAGUUCGGACAAGGAAUGACGGAUUCUCGCGUGAAAGCUUAUGGAUUGAACCCAAGUCGUCUCAAGAAGGGACUCGUUUAUGGACAAUAAUCAUCCGGUUGUUUUUUUCCUAAUUGUUUUGUUUUAUUAGUUCAUUCUAAUUGUUAUUUUUGUGUUUUGUUACUGUUAUUUUUUUUAUUAUUAUGAGGAAAAUGAAGUGUUUUUUUUGC